AACCCUACAUCUGUAUUGGACCUGGUGUAGAUCUCUUUUCCAAUUUAUAUAUACAUAUAAAUAUAAAAAAAAAAAAAGAAUAAAAUUGGUAAUCAGUAUAAACGGAGGUUUGGGUUCCCCCCAGCUUUCUCAAAUCUCAAAUCUCAUCUCGUUCAGUCUCUCAAAGUCUAGGCCAUGUGGACAUCACCCGAUGGAAACAGCAAUAAUAACACCAGCAGGCUCACUUGCUCACCCUCCGACUCCGACUCCGACUCCGACUCCAAAUCCAAAACCAAAUCCUCCUCCACAUGCUCUUCUUCCUCGCUUUUCUCACCCUCCUCUCCCACCCCCAUAACUCCUUCUCCUCCCUCUUUCCCUGAUUCUUCCAACACCACCAGAAAACCCAUGGAAGAAGUGUGGAAAGAUAUCACUCUGGCUUCUCUCCAUGAUCACCACUCCACCUCCACCUCCACCACCCUUCAGGAAUUCUUGGCCACGCCUUUCCAUAAAGACCCGUCAUCUGACCCUUCCUCCUGCGCCUGCGAAAUCUCUUUCCUCGGGGCUCUGCCUCCUCCUCCGGCGGGUAUUAUGAGCUUGAAUAAUUCUGGGUCUGGGUUUGAAUGUCGAUUCCUGGAGAGCAAUACUUGUGCGGGUUCGCUCCAACCAACCCCGCAAUUGCAGACCGCCACUAUGGCCCCUUUGGUUGUUGCUUUAGAUACUCUGCGUUCUUCUUCCGUGUGUCCUACUGAUUCCAAGAAAAGGCCCCAAGAAAAUGGCGACAAUUCCACUGAUCGUCGACAUAAGCGCAUGAUCAAGAACAGGGAGUCAGCGGCUCGGUCCAGAGCCAGAAAACAGGAAAAGCUUCCUUCCUCUCUCUUUUCACUUUUUUUUUUUUUUGGUUAAUUGCAUGUUGAUAAAGUAAUUUUUUUUUAUAAAAAAAUUAAAUAAAAUUUUAUCUCAACAGUGAUGGAUGCUAAGAACUAAUUAAUUAAUUUAUAUUUUGCAGGCUUAUACAAAUGAGUUGGAACUUGAAGUGGCCCAUUUGCAGGAAGAGAAUGCUAGGCUGAGAAGGCAGCAAGCAAA